UACUGACAGCAGGGAGAAUCAAAUCAGAGCAGAGCGCAGCAGCGACUUCCUCUUGUCCUGCCUGAAGAGAUCCGUUCAAACAUGGUUCCUCCCGUACAGGUCUCCCCGCUUAUUAAGACAGCAAGAUGGUCAGCCUUGCUAAUUGGGUUAAUUUAUGGGAAGCAGAGAUAUGAUUAUCUGAAGCCCAUUGCUGCUGAAGAAAGGAGGAUUGAGGAGGAAGAGAAGAAACUCAGGGAAGAGCAAGAGCGCAUUUACAAACAGCUGUCUGAAGCAAACUCUGACACCAUUCUGAAGUAAAUCUCCAUGAUGUAUCCAUUCCAGCACCAAAUGAAAUGAAUCACAAUAAACCUAAUUUUAUUUUCA